UGUUGGCGUCUCCUCCUUGCAAACAGCAGCUAAGGGGCUCAGGCGCGUAACAAUGAUAGGGCAAGGGGAGACAGUUGUCUGGGGGCCCCACUGCCUGGAGGGGCACCCCAGGGGCACCUCAUGUGACUCCCCAUUGCCCCCUGCCCAGCCCCAUAGCCUCUCAGCCACUUGCCCUCUUCGCCGUCUCUCCUGCUUGUUCUGCUGGCCCGCAAUCGAAGCAGCAGGCAAGCUGCCAAGAGCUCCUUUUCUCCCGCCUCUCAGCUGAUCGGCGGGUGGGCGGGGCUUCCACGGAGGCCUCCGUGUAGGCCGCAGUGAAGCCUGAACUCGAGUAGGGCCCAAGCAAGCCAGGAAGGAGGAGGCAGCCAGAGUGUUCUCUGCAGCAGAAGACCCCUUGCUGCCCUGCUUAGCCCAGACCAGCAUUUGCCAGUGAUGACCUGUAGUCACAACAAUCAACUUAUUACUACUAUUUACUGCAUCCUGGACUGUCCAGGCCAAUCUUGGACACGUGGUGGCAACCCUCCUGGCUCUGGUAUAUCAGUGUUCCAUUGUGGAUGUCAGGCUUCAGCUGCAGAUGGGCCCAAGGCCAGACCCUGACAAGUUUGAAGGCAAGCAAUUCAUUCCUAACUACCAGUGUGACAGACAGGCCAAGUUGGUAUCCAUCAUUGGGGGCCUGGAUUCCAAAAUUUCAAAGCAGAUGGCAACUAUCUUGGGAGUCUUCAAGAUCCCACAGAUUCAUGCUUCUUUGGCCAAUAUCCACUUCAACAACGGUGCUGGACAAGAAGUGUCUUUUUCAGAAAAACAGAUGAAGUUUUCUGGGUUUGACAUUUUGAACUGGAUCGUCUUCUCCAAUAGCACUCUGGCUCGACGUAAAGUUGGCUGGACAAAUCCAAAACCAGAUUUCAACAUUAACACUGAUGCCAUUUUGUGGCCUAACCAGAUGCAGUUCGCUGUGACGUGUGCCCAGAAGAUCAAUACCCAAACCAGAACCAAGACCAGUGUGUCCCCAAGAAUAUCCAUUUCCUCUCGUAUCAAGACACACUGGGGAAGGUUACCUGUCUUCUUCGACAAACUGCUUUUGAAAGGCGAGAUCAUAGUGGAAUGUCAUGAGGGCUCGGUCACCAUGUUUUAUGCCGUCCUGGGUUACAUGGGCUUCCUGGCCCUCGUCAGCUUCACGGUAGCUUUCCUUGCUAGGAAACUGCCAGACAGCUUCAAUGAAGCCAAGUUUAUCACCUUCAGCAUGCUUGUGUUCUGCAGCGUCUGGGUCUCCUUUAUGCCAACCUACUUGAGCACCAAGGGGAAAUUCAUGGUGGCCGUGGAGGUCUUCUCCAUCUUGGCCUCCAGUGCUGGUCUCCUGGGCUGCAUCUUUCUCCCUAAAUGCUACAUCAUUCUUCUGAGGCCCAAUCUCAACAGCAGAGAGAGUCUAAUAAAGAAAAAGAAUCAGAGCAUCUAG